CUUGAUUCUCAUAUCAACAUUUCAAAACCGUGAAGUGGAGCUGCGCGGUUCAUCGCAUUGCUCUUCAAAGGACUGUGCUGCUAUGAAGUUACAUUAUGAUUUUAUUGUCGGUGGCUUUGGUCGAUUACUGUGGAACAAAAACAAUUUUGAGGUAAAAGCUUUAAAAAUUCCCGUUCCCUCUCUUUUGAGUCAUUCGAAACAUGGCACUAACGGAGAACUGUAAGACUUAUCAAUCGCCAAAGGAUGGUGGACAUGUGCAAACUUCGUCCGACGUUAUAGAACUCAAUGUGGGAGGACAGGUUUACUACACUCGCCAUGCCACCCUUACGAGCAUUCCAAAUUCUCUGCUGGGGAAAUUAUUCUCUGCAAAGAAGGACAAUUCCAAUGAUUUAGCUCGCGAUUUCAGAGGACGGUACUUUAUUGACAGGGAUGGGUUUUUAUUCCGAUAUGUGUUGGACUAUCUCAGAGACAAGCACGUUGUCCUGCCAGAUCACUUUCCGGAGAAGGGACGGCUGAAAAGGGAAGCCGAGUAUUUUCAACUACCGGAAUUGGUGAAGAUUUUGACUCCUGACGACAAACGCACAGAUGAAUACCUUCACAGCGACUAUGACGAGGCGUCUCAGGGAAGUGAUCAAAGGCUGUACCCCUCGUACCUGGACCCUCGGGACAGGAGGCACGGGUUCAUCACGGUCGGGUACAAGGGCUCUUGCGCCGCGGGAAGAGAGGGCCUUGGCGACCCCAAGGCUCGUGGGCUUCCAAAGAUUUUCAUAUGCGGACGAAUCGGCUUGGCAAAGGAAGUAUUUGGGGACACUUUGAAUGAGAAUCGAGACCCAGAGAGACCACAGGAGCGUUACACCUCUCGGCUCUUUCUAAAGUUUAAACACUUAGAGAGGGCAUUUGACAUGCUGGCAGAGAGCGGAUUUCAAAUAGUUGCGUGCAAUUCCUCUUUGACCGCAUCGUUUGUCAGUCGACACACGGAUGACAAAUUGUGGUGCACUUACACGGAGUAUGUCUUCUACCGCGGCCCAUCCGGCUGGUCCUCCUCCCACUGCGACUGCUGCUGCAAGAGCCACAAGAGCGAGCGUGAGGGCGAGAGCGGCACGUCCUACAACGAGCUCUCCACCUCCGCAUCAGAGACCCAGUCGGAGGCCAGCUCCCCGCAGGGCACGGUCAUCUGCGGUCCAGUCAGCCGCCAGCACCAGCAGCCACCCAUCGCCCACACGCUGGAACGACCCGGCCGCAAGGGACCCCCAAUGGCCCAACCGCCGGGGGGGGACGGGGGUCGUGGGGGACGCCGGACCGACCUUCUCCGCGCCCGCACCACGGGGCCCCGCGACGCCGCGCUGGCCGGUCGGGGCGGCCGGAAAGGUGGCGGGCCCCCGAAGGAGAAGCUGACGGUGGAGCAGGAGCUGGAGAGGUGCAUCCAGGACUUCCGCCGCAUCCGCAUCCCCAAGCGCUUCCCGGACAGGAAGUACAUGUGGCAAUCAGAGCUGCUGCGAAAGUAUCAGAUGUGAGCACACGAGAGAAAAGUACGACGACGCGAGCAAGACUCAGGAGACCACAGAGUGAAACAUAAGACUUGACAACGAGACACACAGAGACAGAUAUAGAGACACAGAUAGACUAAAAAGAGACAAAAAACUACAAAAAAAGACAGAAGCACACUAAAAGAGAAAUAGUAAGAGAUCCUCUAUGUGGAAGAGGGUGGAAUAGGAAAUAGGAAAUGUUUUCUCACCAGAAAAAAGCACCUCAGUUAGGAUUACACUUGAAUUCACUCUUUGCCCAUGUUCAUUCAGUGAAUUUUUAAUCUUCAGGCCUGCGAAAACACAUGGUGCACGAUAGCUGUUCAGCAAUCCACAAAGGACUUCUUUAAAAAUGAGUCCAACAGGGUACUAUUGAUAUAAAAAUAUAUGAAUAUCGCUAAGCCACAAUACACAGUGUCUGUCCUUGAGAUUCCAGAGCCAUGCCAGGGACCGGAAUCGAGGUCAUCUGCCCCAUUAAACGGAACCACCAGGCUCACCUUUCAGGCAGAUUUAGACAAAUCAGAGUCGUAUCAAUGUCACAAUGAAUACACCCAUAAAUCGGAUUUAACACUAUCUUAAUUUGAUCAACACCCACCUUCAGGAGGCGGACUCCCCAUAGAAUUCUCACUGGUAGAGGGCAUCUACCCGAAUGUACUAAUGUCUCAUCUGUUCCUUCGAAUUCAACUGUGAACUUUUGGUAGUGGAUGUUUCUUUUUUUUUUUGGUGAAUCUAUGGGAAUGAUAUAGUGCAUAAGCCAGAAGUCAUUUGUCAUUGUAGUCUUCGACAGCACAUGGGAAAAGGGGGAAAAAAAUCCUUGUGGUAACAAGGCAUGCAUGUUACUUCACCAUGCUAGAUCGUUGUGACCUAAUGGGUGCUUCCAACUAAAAAAAAAAAGAAAAGAAAUCUCACUAGAACCAAGCUGUUCAAUGGAAAACAAUAUCGAGGAGAAGAGCACCAGUACCUGCAGUAUUGCCACAACAUACAUCUCUUUUGUUGUCUGUUUGUUUGCCAUCGUACACAUCUAUGUCAACACUGUAUUUCCAGAAUGUUCUUGAGGUUGUGUCAGUGGGUGUAUGUAUGCAGAUCAUCCUUUUGUGAAUGUGAGAUGGAUAAUUA